AUGUCUGUUUACGAUCCUCUAGGCUUAAUGGGCUUCUUUAUGAUUCCAUCAAAAAUCGUAAUGCAAAAUAUUUGGCGAUCUGGUGUUGCCUGGGAUGCGCCUGUGCAGAAGGAAGAACAAGAAGCAUGGCAGUCAUGGGUUAAAUCGUUGCCACGAAUACAUGACGUUCGUAUACCUCGUUGCUACCCCUUGGCCAGCCUUAGUCGCGACGUUCAGCUUCAUAUAUUCUGUGACGCAAGCAACGCGGCCUACGCGGCAGCUGCUUAUCUAAGAGCCACUGUCAGUGGGAAGGUGAAAUGUUGUUUGGUGGCCUCGAAAUCGCGAGUGCCGCCACUGAAACCAGUUUCUAUACCGCGGCUAGAGCUGAUGGGUGCCAUUUUGGGCCUGAGGCUCGCAAAAUUUAUUAGAAAUGAACUGACUUUACCGAUCAGUGAGGAAGUGUACUGGACUGAUUCAAAAAACGUUCUCUACUGGAUUCGAUCAGACACUCGCAAGUUUAGUCAAUUUGUUGGUGUAAGAGUCGGAGAAAUUUUGGAGUCAUCCAACAUCAACAGCUGGAGGUGGGUGCCCUCAGUUGACAACGUUGCCGAUGAUGCUACGAAAUUGAAGCAGUGGACAAAGCUAGAUGGCGACUUGCGUUGGUUCCAAGGUCCACAAUUCUUAACCUCACCACCAUCCGAGUGGCCAGAGACGAUUUUAAUGGACUCUACAGAUCCCGAAUUAGUUCACCACAUUGAGCUUAGUACCACCCUUAGCUCCGCAUCCUUUACAGAAGUUAUACCUGAUGUGGCCAGAUUCAGUAAGUGGGAGAAGCUCCGUGGUGCAACUAGAUGCGCCUUGCGCUUCCUUCGAUUAAUAAGCAGAAUACCCGCUAAAUCACAGUUCGUGCAGAAGAUGUUACAGGACACUACAACUAACAGUGCCGAAGUUUUAAUUAUUCUUAUGUGCCAGAGUGAGGUCUUUGGGGAAGAAGUUAAAUGUCUACAGCGAGGCCAACCGAUGAAAUGGGAUUGCUCAGAAUCAAAGGGCGAAUCGAUUCGAUAG